CACACAGUAUAUAGGUUAUCUACCUGGACAGCCAAGAAGACGCCGCUCUUGGUAGCGAUCUCUUCCUGGAUACGCUCACAAUGCGAUCACUGAUUGGGAAGGUCGGAGGUUAGUCAGGGCGUCGCCCAGCACGCGUAAAUCCAAUGAUCAUGAUUUCAACUUCCUAUUCUUCACAAGCGUUGUCUUCUACUUGAGCUGCAACAUGCGUAUAUAGAAAAGAUCAAAGACUCUGUCUCCAUCCCAACAAUCGUGCCUGCUUUCUUGUUCCAAUUGUUCCAUUGUCGCGACCGUGCCAGCGUCAAAAUGAAGGUAUCGACCAUUCUCAGCCUUCUGCCAGGCUGCGCUUUGGCCUCGGAUUUCCUGAGUGUAGCUCUGUAUGCCAAGGACCCCAGUCAUCUAUACAAUGUCAUUCGAAGCAACAGUCAGCUCGACUAUGGCUGUAAACCAGUUGUAUUACGUUCACAGGAGGAGCACAAGCUGCAUGCAAUUGUCUCCCCCGAGCAACUGCAGCAUUUGAAACGAAGUCUAAGUUCCGAGGUUCGCAUAGACACGCUCAACCACUUCAGCAAAAGGCAAGAGGAAUAUGCACCAAUUGGAUCCGGUGAUCGUUUCAAGGGCGGGAAAAUUGCUCCGAGGGGACUGGGAUCACGCAAACCGGGUGAAUCUGCUGAUAUUGGCCCUAUCUUGAACCUUGACGAGGUACACUCGGCGUUGAAGGGACUUGAAAAAGAAUAUGGCAUCGAGCUUUUCACUGCCCCUCACAAAACGUACGAAGGUCGUGAAGUGUAUGGAGCUGCCGUCAACAAGGCGGAGAAGAUUAAAAAGGACAAACAACACAUAUACUUCACAUCCGGAAUCCAUGCUCGAGAGCGUGGUGGUCCAGACAAUCUCAUCUACUUUGUCAGCGAUCUCCUUUGGGCGAACAAGCAUCGAAAAGGUCUUACCUAUGGAAACAAGACUUUUACAAACACCCAAGUCAAGAAAGCCCUUGGAGCUGGCAUUGUGUUCAUUCCUUUGACGAAUCCCGAUGGCGUAGCGCACGACCAGAAGAACAGCAACCUCUGGAGGAAGAACAGAAAUCCGAAAAGCGCCGUCGCGACCGAUCCUCGCUCUGUCGGCGUAGAUCUAAACCGAAACUUUGAUUUCCUUUGGAACUAUACUCUGCACUUCGAUCCCAGCGUGGAGCCGGCGUCAGACAAUUCUUCUUCCGAGGCCUUUUACGGCACAGGUCCUUUCUCAGAGCCAGAGACUCGAAACAUCAAAUGGGUCUAUGACAUUUUCCCUAAGAUCCGUUGGUUCAUCGACGUACAUUCCGCAGUGGGUACUUUGCUCUACUCGUGGGGUGAUGAUAUCAACCAGGCGGUUGAUCCCGAGCAGAACUUGUUCAACCCUGAGUUUGAUGGAAAGAGAGGCGUGGUCGAGGACUCUGUCUAUCGGGAAUACAUUGACGAGGAAGAUUGGUACAAUAUAGCUCUUCAAGCCAAUCGCACCACGGAUGCGAUGGUAGCAGCUGGGGGCCGUUCAUAUGCCGCCAGCCAAGCUGUCGGCCUGUACCCAACCUCAGGGGCUAGCGACGACUAUUCUUUUAGCAGAUGGCAUAAGGACAAGAGUGUUAACAAGGUGUACGGAUAUACUAUGGAGUUCGGGUAUCCGACAAACUUUUACCCGACGACCAAUGAGUAUUUGAACAACAUCAUUGAUACGAAUGCAGGAUUCCUGGAAUAUAUCUUGACAGCAAUCGAGAUUGGCCUCAAGGAUUAGAAGUUCACUGUAGUACUGUAGUAUCAGGACUUAGUUGUCAUCAAUAGAUGAACCCAGUUCAUUCCGCUAA